UCCGAGGCAUGUCUAUAAGUCAGAUUCGAUGUUUAAACUUCCUCUUUUAUUAGCUUAAAUUGCCUUUCGUAUAAAGGUAGUGUACUGUCACUGCAAAUAAUGAUAUGUGUACAAAAACAAAAAUGAUAAUCUAUGUAAUUUUCAUUUACAUAUGGAUAGUGAACAACGAUGCAAGCUCAUGCAACAUAUCAUUGACCUCGGAAUCCAGCCUUGUCGAUUUAGGAACUAACGCUACCAUUCGUUGUCAAGUUUGCAACAUACCAGACAUUGAAAGAAUUGUUUUUCACAAAAAUGGAGAACGUGUAGCUGAUUCUGUGUUUGGAUUGCCUUCAGUAACAAACGCUACAUUGUACAACCUUAAAGUAACUGUAAUUGGUACAUUAAUAUCGGACCUAUAUUUGACAAUCAUUAACUUUUCAAAUGAAUCUAUCGGUGCAUAUACAUGUUUCAUGGCCUCCAACUCAAUCAAUAAAGUAUCAAUCAACUUAACUUACAAAGUUAAGGUGACGUACUCAUCUAUUAAACCGCCAGUGUCAAAAAUUUCCGUUUUGAAUGAUGUAAGAAUCAGCUACAUCCGCUGCGAAUCAUCCGUUGGACGUCCAGCACCCAGCAUCUCGUGGUACUUGGACAACAAAACUCCUUCUGACUACAGUGAUGAUGUGGACCUUACUAGAAAUAGCAGCAGUUCAACAGUGGCUGAUGUGACAACAAGUAUCUUUACUAUUAUACCUAGCAAUACAUAUCACGGAGCGCGGAUCUUCUGCUACGCCUCAAACGGAUACGGACACAUUAUAUCCGAUAUGACACCGGAAUUCAAUGUUUAAAGCUCUCCUACGAAGCCGACAAUUCUCUACAAGACUGUAAUUGUUAACACAAUAACUGUGAUAGAAAACCAAACUGUGUCCCUAGAAUGUAAUUCUUCUGGAAAUCCAACGCCAAACAUUUCAUGGAUUUUAUCUAAUGGUUCCGUGAUUAACAGCAAAAUAAUUGAACUGAAAUGGGAGCAACGUGGAAACACAGACACGGUCAUCUGCAAUGCCGCAAGUAUUAUGCAGCCAACAAAUCAAUCUCCGAUAACACAAUAUAGUUCAACUGGCACAGUGGUCAACAUUUUACAUCCGCCGUCAAUUCCUAAGUGUGCAAUCGGAAAUUACUCAAUCGCGUUUAGUACUAUACGGGCAGUUAAAAAUGAGCCAUUAACAGUUAAUUGCACCAGCCAGAGCAACCCUCCUCCCAUGAGCUAUACAUGGACACUGCCUGCGGGUGUGAAACAGUAUGGACAACAACUCACCAUACCACAAGUAGUGUCUAGCGGUAAUUACACACUGGAUGUCAACAAUGCCAUGAACGCAACUUUCGAACCGCAUGUGAUUGCUGGACAUGCCAAUAUUAUCUUAACACAUCACGUAUUAUAUCCAGUGAGUAUACGGUCUAUUGCGAAUACAACCGUUUUGUUGAACCAGGCAUUGUCAGUCAUGUGCCCUUACACACCUGGAAAUCCACUUGAGACCAGUUUCACGUGGAUACACGUUACUACAUCACGCGAGGUAGGACGUGGGCAAAAUCUUGCCUUGCCAAACAUGCAUAUAUCAGACGAGGGCCUUUAUAAGUGCAAAGUAAACAACACAAUGACACCUACAGGAUGCUGUGCACAGCAGGCUUAUGACGAAACAAUGUUUUAUGUUGAUAUACAAUACGCCGCAAAUAUAAGAAGGUUUUAUGCCACCGGAUUUGAGAAUGCACCACAUUUUACGGUAAACGAAAGUCAAACUGUGAUAUUACACUGUGAUUCUGAGGGCGACCCUUUGGCCUCUAUGUUACUUAUAAAUAAUACACGCGGUGAACAAAAUGUACUUAUUGAAAAAUAUUCUAACACAAUAUCCGUAUCGAUUCCUAAUGCAAGAUGUGAAUAUGAUAUGGGAGCCUACCAAUGCAGAGCGAACAACACGCACAAUAAAGAGCAGCCUGUGCGAGAGAUUGAGAUCAAGAUCAGAUGUUCACCGAGACCUUCGCCAUUUAUGCCUCCUGUACCAAUGGUAUGGACGAAAUCAAACAGUAGUGUAAUUCUCACUUACACUAUUGUGGCGUAUCCUCCUCCAAGCGCUUCAGAUGCAUUUGUUUGGCGGAAGCAAGUAAACGAUAAAUGGUUAGCCAUCAAUGAUACCAGCAGACUUCAUAGUCACAUUUCCGACAAUAGACUGCAGACAAACCUUUCAAUUUUUAACGUGCAGGAAGAUGAUUUUGCAACCUAUAUGAUCAAAGUAAACAAUGACGUUGGCGCCACGGAGCAUACAUUUGUUAUUCAAGCGAAAGAAAAGCCAGCGAUGCCAAAACAAUUCAGUGUAGUUGAAGAAUUGGUAACAGACAGGUCUGUAACAGUUGAAUGGAUACCAGGAUUUAAUGGAGGCGAAUAUCAAUUGUUCGUUAUAGAAUAUAAACAGCAAACGAUCGAGUAUUGGCUUUACAAAAAUGUAUCUGAACUUAUCAGUCGAAUAUCUAUUGACGGAUUGGAAUCCGGGACCUCUUAUCAAUUCAAAAUGUAUGCAGAAAAUUCAAUUGGAUCUUCAGGGGAAACCGAUGUGAUAACUUUUUUAACAAGAGCCAAAACUGAUCACGAAGCCAAUCCAUCUGUCGGGGCUGCAGUUGGAGGUGCUGUAGGAGGAACUCUUGUAAUAGUCAUCUUAGUGGUUCUUUGGAAAUGUAGGAACAAGUUUAAACGAAAUCCUGACGCUGGUGCUCAUUACGAUGAUUUAUUCAAAGGACAGACAAACGUCUCUGCGCCCAAUACCAGCUCCGAAUAUGCAGAGUACAAAGUCGAAUCCCAUCACAUAAACCAGUACGAGACACUGGCUGAAACUUCAUUUCAUCAGUAUUCGGUCAUAUCAAGUGGCGACACAGAGGGGAUCAGUGUUCUUAACCGUGAAUCUGAAGUUCCAGAUAAUGAUUGUGCAGUAGGGAGAGAAGACAGAUUCUAUGUUAAUUUAGUAUAAUCGAAUACUAAAAAUUGAACAAUGUUGCCUGUUUUAUCGCAUAAGUAAAAUUAGCAUAUUGAAAACAUGCAUAUAUAAUUUGAAGUGCCAGUGACAUUACGCGUAAUGGGAAAAUCGUAAGUGGCAUUGGGAUAUAUUGUUGAUAAUUGAUAUGAUAUUGUUAAAUAAACGCACUAUUCAUAAUGGAACAUAAAAUCAUAGGUCACAUGCCAAUUGUUAUAUUAUAAUUUGAAAUUGGACUUGUGUUUUCAUACCAAAACACUUCGUUUAUUAUUUUUCUGAAAAAAUAUAUGUGAACAAAAUUGCAUUUGCUUGCAUGUAGUGUGCCCUUCCAUUUAUAUACUCAAAUGUAGAAUAACAUUGAUAUUUAAAUAAUAUAUCCACACGUGUGUGUAUUGGUAUUGCAA